UGCGUGAGUUAGUUAGAACGUGUGCAGCAGCCGCGCCGUGUCGUGUCGUCUUUGGUCGCUUUCCUCCUGCUUAUCGGGGGAAGGGUGCGCGAAUACGAGAUCGGUUGGCCGUUAGCCAGUUCAAAUCAGCCACUCGGACGGAUCGGUUCGUGCGGAAUACACUGCUUGCGCACUACACUUCGCUGGGUUGGGUUCGGAUUACAGGCGCGUACAGCCAUCGGUACACUGCAAACGCCACCCGAGGGUGAGCGAGGGCUAGUAGGUUGACCGGCGCAGGAUAGGUGUGCAAAUUCAAUGUUGAGGUGCGUGGUUUUGUUUACUUGCUAACAAAAAAAGAAAGAUUGUGUGCGUUUGUGUGAGUGUGUGAGUGAUUAGUAUCUACCUCUGCUAUUACAAUUCGAUAACACAAGAAUGCUCGAGCUGGCGCCACCUGCCUGUGAACGCGCACCGUAAUCACGCAAAUCAUCGGACUCAAGGCGUCAUGGCAGCUGCUUGAUUCCACGAAAGGCAAUAACGGCCAGCGUACCAACGAGGGCGAACCCACUGUCGACGACGACGAUGAUAAUGAUGAUGCUGUCGAUGAUCGUGAUGGAGCUUCGCGGGCCCACGUCCAGCCCGUCAGUGUAGUCAGAGUGUUUCGCCAUAGCGCACCGUACUGUUGCCGCCGGUGUCGCACCCGACCGGGCAAGCGGAAAUAGGAGCCGCGGCUUUCAAGUUGGCCAAGUUGGUUAGCUGCCGGAACGUCACGCGCUAGCCGUAACGCGAUACGGCUGCGAACGAAGAUCUAUUUUUGGGGUGAAAAUCUAAACCAAAAAAGGGUCCUAACACAGCGGGUAAGGGAAUGUGGCGUUUGUCAAUGAGUGUUUAAAAAUUCUGCUGUCCUGCGUUCUUGUAGCGAUCCACUGAUUUCAUCUUCAAAAGGGGAAUGGAACGGGAGAAGAGUGCCAGCAGGGAGUAGGAUCGCUGUCACGCGAGUCACGCGCCAUACGUGAUAUCUUCAUCAGUGCGCGAUUGAAGAAUUUAUAAUCUCCGCCAGCGAGGUUCAGUUCAGCUGCGCCUCGCAGCUCAUCUCCAAAGCCGGUCAUAUCUGAUGCGGAUCUUUAUCGUAUGCGCAAGUGUGCAUGAACGGGUUCGUCCAACAAGUGUGCAAGUGAGAUACUGUAGCUUCUUAGCACGUGCAGAAGUGGUGCAGAGCGACGGGAAUUAAGCAGUGCUCGGAUAACUGUGUCACCGUGUCGGUGCAGGCCAUAUCUCUGCUCAGUAGCUCCAAAGUUGAAGACAGGCUCAUGCUCAAAACAGGCAUGUGAAACAGAUCGCGAAGCAAAGUUUAGGUACACCCGUGCCCGUUGCUGCUGACCGGGUACCCGCGUCUCGGGCACUCGGGAUCGUGCCAAUCGAGGCAUUACGCGGAGUUUUGCAUAUCCAUUACGGCGGUACGGCCGAGCCGCAAUUAGGUUUGACACCCGGCCUCGGGUAAUUGCAGCCCAAACACACGAAACCGCUCGUACGUCAGUGCCGGACGUCGACCAAGCGUCCAAGUCGUCAUCGGAGGGCAUCGGGGUUUUAUGGCGCGCGUGACGCCGACCCUCGGUGACGCCGAAGCCGCCGCCGCUGCCGUACCGCGCACUGGGAAACGUGUGCAACCUCACCGACCGUUCAUGAUCGUGCCCCGUGCAACUCGACGGUAGCUCGCCAAGCUCAUUAAUGUUGGGCGUCGUAUUGAUCGUACCGGGCCGAUGAUGCGAAACUGAAGAGUCUUACCCGAAACAGAUAAGGAGAGGAUCUCCAAAAAAGGAAGGAACAUUCCGCGUUUGAGUGCUCAGUGUGCGAAAGCGAAGCGUAACGGUAGAUGCGCUCAGUGCCCAAUUGUAGCUUGUCUAGUGCGGACUGCAUAGUGUUAUUUUCGUGUGGCUUUUGACAGCAGUGACAAGCCACCGGCAAGUAACCUUCCCGCUUGAGUUGGAACCUGGUGCGUGUGUGCAGUACGAUUCUGUUAAGCUAGCUCGGCGAUAGGGCGCAGUGGUGAUUUUAUUUUAUUAUUCCUAUCAUUUCGUUCGCUUCCACUGCUUAUUGCCGCCACAACAUUCAUCGGGGAUUGGCGCGUACAUCCAGCGCCCAAAACCCAGCGCCGCCCUUUUUACACACCGUGCUCGCCACUUCCGGUUAGUGAUGAUCAGUUUUGAUUGAAUCAGUGCGAGAGCACCCAACGCGAUCUCUCGUUUGUGUGGUUGGUUUGCGUGUUGUUUCGUUUUUUUUCGGUGCGCAUUAGUGUGAUCGGGUUGAUUAUUCCGUACGUUUGUUUGCUUUUCUGGUGUGUGUGUGUGUGAGUGUUCUUGAAUGAUUUUUUGUGUUACUGAACGGCUUACAAUGCGCCGUUUGUGGUGAGUGAUACGUUUGUGGUGUGGUUCAAUUCGUGUGCGCAUUAGUGCGAUCGUAAAAUCGCGAUCAUUUAGUGGAGGAAGCGAGAAAAAAAAACACCCCGUAGCUCGUUUGCUACAUUAGUGUGCAGAUCCUACAGCGAAAGAUAUAAAUUCCCGGAGCAUUAGAAUAAACACGGUACGUCAGCAUGUCGGUACGCUGGGAGUCGCCUGAUGUUGGCCGCCGGCGGCAUUCCGGCGGCAGUGUGGAUGAGUGCGAAAUGUUGAUGCGGCCAGAUGCUGCCACCGCGGUUGGCGACGAUGGCGAUCAUUCGCGAUCGCGGAACGGUAGUGCUAGUGGCCGGCAAGCGGAGCAUGCGGAUCAGAUCGCUUCCGGCGGUCGCUGUCCGGUGGCACGGGUGGACGUCGAGUUGAGCGAUGAAGAGGGUCCUGUGCCGGGGCGGGAUGAUACCGACGAGAUAGUGGUAUUGGAUGAGGCGACCGAACGACUGCUGGGGAAAUGGAAUGGAAACGCCAAAGUGAAGAUGUUCAAAUCUAAAGCCACCUCCCCGAACGAACCGUCCCCACCGCCCGGCCAAUCCGAACAGGACUGCAGCGGGAUGCACAUCACGCUGAACCCCUCGUCACGGGCCACCAGUCCCAGCGCGAUGCUGGGAAAAGCGAGCGCCACCCCGUCACCGACACCCUCCGCAACGCACCCGCUCGGCCACCCCAAUCCGCUCAAGAGCAUCAACAACAACAACAGCAGCAGCAACAACAAGGCCAACAGUAAACCGAGCGGCAAGGACGGGGGCGGCUCCAAGGGAGCGAAAAAGCACAAAAGCUCGGACGAGGAAAGCGACAUCAUCGGCGAACUGAUCGGGGACUAUGGCAAGUGGCAGUUCGUGAUGACGUUUCUGCUCUCCCUGUUCCAGGUGCCGAACACGUUCCACAUCUACUCGCCAACGUUUCAGGCAGCAGAUAAAAGCUUCUGGUGCCGACGGCCGACACAUCUAGACGACGUCCCCAUCGACCGGUGGCGGAACGUGUCGAGUUCGGUGGAAAAUUGCAGGAUGCUGAAUUACGACUGGAAUGCGCUAACGAGCGCCCAGCUGUCGAUGAGCAACUUUUCACUGCCGAAGAACGUAACCGACACAGUUGCAUGCAGCGCCUGGGAGUUUGAUGUGCACGACAACCUCGGCAACACCUGGUCCUCGGAGUGGAAUCUCGUCUGCGACAAGGAGUACCUGAAGAAUGUGGCCGAGAUGUUUUUCCUGGCCGGGGUUGCAACUGGCGGCAUCACGUCCGGCGUGCUUUCGGACAAGUUUGGCCGCAAAAUGAUGCUCUUCAUCUCUGCCGUCCUGCAGUCGAUAUUUGGAUUAGCCCUCUACUUUGCCGAUUCGUUCGAGUUUUAUCUGGUGCUGCGUGCGCUACUGGGCAUUGUGUCGGUGUCGGUGACAUACGCUGGGCUCAUUCUGGCGAUCGAGUACGUGGACGGCAAGUGGCGAACGAUCGCCGGCAUGUACAAUCUGUUCCCGCUGCCCGUGUCGUACAUCAUGAUCUCCGGCAUUGCGUACCUCACGCAGGACUAUCGAAAUCUGCAGCUGUGCAUCGGGCUGCCGGGUGUGUUUCUGUGCCUAUUAUGGUUCGUCCUGCCGGAAUCGCCCCGCUGGCUGCUGUGCAAAGGUCGCAUUACCGAGGUGAAGGAAGUCAUCCGCAAGGCGGCCGCGUUCAACAAGCGCCCGCUACCGGACAAUUUGGACAAGCUGCUGAAGCCACCGGUGGACGAGGAGGAAACGGCGGCCGGUGUUUGCGAGCUGUUCCGAUCAAAGUAUCUUCGCCUGGUGACCUUUUGCUUCCUGUGCAUCUGGUUCACGAUGAAUCUCGUCUACUAUGGAUUGGUACUGAACAUGAACAGCUUCGGUGGCAACAUUUAUCUCAACUCGGCGCUGGCAGGUUUGGUGGAGAUUCCCGCCAUCGCACUGGCUAUGUACAUCAUCAAUCGAACCGGCAAAAAGUGGCUCUUCUGUGCGACGUUCUUUGCAGCCGCACUUGCUUGCCUGUGUGCCGCCAUCGUCGAGGGUAAACCGGAGUUGUUGGCGAUGAAAAUCACGUUCGUGAUGAUCGGUAAAUUCACCAUCAGCGCCGGUAACACCAUUAUGCCGGUGUACACGGCAGAACUGUAUCCGACCGCAAUUCGUAACGUCGGUGUCGGGGCCUGUAACCUGGCGGCUGGUUUUGCGCUCGUCCUGACACCAUACUUAUCGUUGCUGACAAAAAUCGAAGUCCAUCUGUUGAUGACGCUUCUAACGGCCUGGUGUAUUUUUGGCGCAAUUGUGAUCAUUUUCCUGCCGGAAGCAAUGCAGCACCACGAGCACGAGGAGCAUGAUGAGGAUAAAGAAAUCGAUACACAGGUACCAGCUUAAGCGAAACCGUGCGACUCAUGCUCCCUAAUCAAUCCUUCUGCCGAGGCAGGGCUGGUUGGUGUAGUGCGUGGAUGCGAGCCCCCUCUCAGCUGGACCCACUGUUACGCGACGGCUAACACACCACCACAGUGGAGCUGGAGUGAAAUAUCAUCCGACCGACAUGAUCAACGAUCAAUCAACUGCAACUGCCAUAUCUACUCCCUAAUAGAGUUUUGUAGUACACGAAGCGCACCGAACUCUAACCUCAAUCCGAACACUGUACCGAACACUUUCGCCAAAGAGCGACCACUGGUCGUGGCUUUGGUUGUUUUUUUUUUUUAAAUAUCUAUUACUCUAAAUGGUCAAUUUUAUGAGACAGUUUUGAAAAGGGGUUAAAUGUUCGUCAAAGCACCGCUGUAACGGUACAGUGUGUGUACAUGUAAUGCCAACCUUUCCAAGUGUCCUCCGGAGGAGGGUUUGUUCCAACAGCCCGCCUAAAUAGCUGUGGUAGCAUUUAGUAUGAUUUUACUUCUGAGCCAAGAUGAUGGCCUAAACCAAGCAAGAAUUAAGUAUAAUGGAACAGAUUUAUUCAAUAGGAAGCAAACAUUUCGAUACGUCGCGGGUCCCGUGGUGGGCACUGGCUGGCUGGUUCCAGGAAAGGCCCCGACGCCCCCCCAGUAGCGAAUGUCGUUGUGACCGGUUCACAAAGCAAAGCACUCAGCUCAUUUACACACAGUAAACAAUAGUUAUAGUCAGCAGCAGCAGCAGCCAGCAAUAGUGUUGGGACUGAUCCAACAGUUUUAAGAGAUUUUUGUACAACAUUCACUAAGCCACAUGCAUUAUUGGGCCGAUCUUCGCACUUUGAUAGAUUGAUAGGGUUCGGGUGUUAGACGAUUCCUACACGUGCGUUACCCUUUACUCAUCGUUACGUCCUCGGAUGGGACUGUAAAUUGUGUAGUAGCAUUUGCCCUGAGCGGCAUCACACAUCUGUAAAGCAGCAUCCAAUAUAUACAUAAUCUUAUGCCAAUCUUUGUUGAAAGAAUGCAAAACAAAAAACAAAACAGAAUUAGCCAAGCUUUAGGUGUAUUUUAGAGCAUCAAAAUGGUGUAUCGAUAUAUCAAACUGGAAACGAUGGAGGAAAGGAAACACUAAUUUAAGUACCGGAAGUAAAGGAAUACUAACCAUUCAAAGGCUCUCUUAUAUACACGCACGCAUUCUCUCUCUCUCUAUCUGUAAACUUUCUACUACAGUAGUGGAGUAUGAGAUAUCCCACAGAAAGAAUCACGCAAGACAGGAUCAGUUCAGCAGUAGUUUAGCUCUCCUGAAAGCUCUCCAGAUCUGCAGGCGUAGCACCGCUGUUUCCGUAACCUUCAAGCUGAAAGAUUGUUCGUCUAUGUUAGCCGUACUUAAACGUAAUUAAUGUGUCAUAUAUUCUCAUGUGUCAAGGUAGAGUCCUGUUUAUGGACGACGAUCAACCCAAAAGGCAAAGCAAAACGAGGGCAAGCACCGGCAGGCAGUUGUUUAAAAGCUCCCGCACACAAAAAAAACCUCGUGUAAAUAAUUCAAUGCGAGAAUGUUGAGCAAAUUGUAGCAGAAGGUUAGUCGGGUUGAAAUAAGGUUUGUGUUAGGAAGAUCGGGUCGGCGGAAUUUGAAUGAGAUUCAAUAUAUUUCGAUAAAAAGUUAGGGCAAAUAAUACUAAGCUAGCGCACAGAAACCAUGUAAGUUAUAGAGUAGAUGUUUAGUAAACCGUGGGUACAGGGAUGCGUUACAGUAAUACCAUCCGCAUCGGUGCAGUGCAGUGUUGCAACGGGCAGCAGUUCUGUCUAUUGUUAUUGUUGAAGCUGUGUGUGAGUGUAAAAGCUUUCUAUUUAUUUAUUUGCUCGUACUCGUACUUAAGCAAGAAAGUUUCGCUUCCACUGGAAAGUAAGGCCCGUCGCCCUCGUGUCACUUAUCUGCGUUAGUGCAUCCGUUUGCCGGCAUCGUGUAAUUUGGUUUACUAGCAGUUGUAAAGAUACUAUACUAAAAGGAGAUAUACUAGAGCAUUUAAUUGUCCACAGCACGGCAGUCUGUGUGCCAGUGUCGUGAGGCUGAGUAUUAAAGCAAGCAAGCAAGCAAGCAAACAAACAAACAUACACACAAAGAUCCAGCAGCAGCUGCAGUGCAAAUCAACAACAAUAGUGAAAACGGAACAGAUAAAUACUACUACUACGCGUGUUAGGUGCUAGUGUAAGUGAUUGUGGUUGAAUCAUCAUUGUAAAUAUCCUUUCCAACAAAGAAGCUACGAGCAGUAGUAGUACUAGGUGGCGAGUGAGAGGCGUGCGCGAAAGGAUGAUACAGUGAGCGCGAGUAACCAUUAUCGAAGUAAAUGAGUGUCGAACCUCGUCGUUAACCGCUCCGCAGGCGAGUGUGUGAGUAGUUCCAAACACGCUAGAGAUAAUAAAUGUGGUACAAUUACCGUA